GUAUUUCAAUCUACACACUUUGUACUCACUUUUUAACAGAGCGACUUUGCCGGUAACAAGAGGCCAUGCUGGUGUCGGUGUUGAGCUGGCUGUGUUCCGCAUUGCUAGCGGCCGUCUGUGGCGGAGCACUGCCCGAGGCGGAGGUCACGAUAGAAGUCCUGCACAAACCCUUCCUCUGUCGUCGCAAAUCCAAGUAUGGAGACAUUCUACUGGUACACCAUCAAGGCUACUUUGAGAAUGGAACCAUGUUUCAUGACAGCCGUGCUGAGGGUGACAAACAGGCGGUGUGGUUCACGUUGGGCAUCAGGGAGGCCAUCAAAGGCUGGGAUAAAGGUCUGCAGAACAUGUGUGCUGGAGAGAAGCGGAAACUCAUUAUACCUCCUGCCCUGGCUUAUGGCAAAGAAGGGAAAGGUAAAAUCCCUCCCGAAAGCACUUUGACCUUCAUCAUCGAGGUACUGGAGAUCAGAAACGGGCCAAGGUCGCAUGAGUCCUUUCAGGAGAUGGACCUCAAUGACGACUGGAAGCUUUCCAAGGAUGAGGUAAAAGAAUACCUGAGGAAGGAGUUUGAGCGUCAUGGCUACCCUCCCAAUGACACAGCACACGAGAACAUGGUGGCGGACAUUUUCGCCAAAGAAGACGAGAACAAAGACGGCUUCAUAUCCUCCAGAGAGUUUACUUACAAACACGAUGAACUGUAAAGAUGUGCUCAUUCAUGUUCACUGUGCACCGCUGUGGUGCAUUCAAGGACUCUCUCAGGUCAUCUGUGUGGUGAGUGACACUUGAGGUAUGUGAAGAUGGAUGGAGUUACAGUUUGGUGAUGUAGUCUUACGUGGAAAGAGUUUUCAGAAGAACAUUAUAAAUUGCUCUGAUUGGUCCUCGUGAACGUCACAUUGUGGUUCUCCCCUGGGGACCUGGUCCAUUAUGACAUAUUCAAAUCAAUACCUGUUGUUGAAAGUCAUAUUUCAAUUUCUGUCAGGCAAAGUUGUUGUUUAGGUCACAUGUGUAUUAUCUUUUUGAAUCAAUGUGAUCAUUAAAGUGACCAGAAAAGCAUUACAAUCCCACAGUUGGCCAACAGAGGGCGCUGUUGCCACAGGAACUUGUAGUUAGGAGUACAUUAGGAGCAAAGAAAUUGUACAAUUUUUCCAAAGUGCACUUAUGUACUCCUCCACAAUGAAAAUAUUUGUAGUUUCUAUUCAUCUUCACAUCAGAUGCGUGUAUGACAAUC